AUGACUAUUGGAUGCGCCUUCGCCAAGCUUGCUGAUGUCCGACCUUUCAAGACAACAUGGAAGGUCCGCGUUAAGGUGAUUCACUCCUGGAGGCAGUACAGCGGCAUGUCCGGCGAAACGAUGGAUCUGGUUCUCGCUGAUGAACAUGGUACUAAAAUGCAUGCUGGAAUUAAGAAGAAGGAUAUAGGCCGGUUAUCAAAGCUUCUGGUCGUUGGUGAAUGGAAAGUGUUGGAGAACUUUCAGGUAUCUCCUGCAACCGGGCUAUUUCGACCAACUCCAAGCAACUGGAAGAUUGGGUUGUCCAUGAACACAAUCGUUACCACAUGCAGCAUCAAAGUGGACGACAUGUUCCUUUCGUUGGUACCUAUCCAGACGAUCCUAGAUGGUGAUUUGAAUCACAAUUUCUUGAUUGAUGUCAUUGGACAGGUUCUUGAUGUGAGUGAGAUCAAAACUGUUCCUGUACUUGGGAGAGAAAAGCGGAAGCUAGAGUGCGUGCUUAGGGACAUUAAUGAUCAGAGAAUCAACUGCUGUCUUUGGGCGGGAUACGCUGACCAACUGUACGAGGCAUGCAGUGAUAUGCAAGUAACUAAUGCUUUUGACGCAUCUAAGCUUAUCAUCAACCCUAUUUGCGAAGAAGCAGAUGCUUUCAGGAUUGGCUUGCCAGAUGACGGUGCGAUUGUUGUCAUCCAAGAGGAUGAUGAAGAGGCUGAGAAGCAAAGGAUAAAGGAGCAGGAAGAUGCGUGGCUGGCGUUGGAAAUGAAAUCUGUGUAUGACAUUCAGAAUGCUACUGAGAUAGAGAAAUUCAGGAUUUCUGUCAAAGUGACUGGAAUUGAUACCGACUGGGGUUGGUAUUAUUUCGGAUGUGGAAAGUGCCAGUUCAGGGUCACCAAGGAUCUGAAGAAGGAAGGAGCCACAAAACCUCGCCCCAAAGCACCCGUGUGGUACUGUGACAGAUGCAAAUCAAAUGUCAAAACUGUUGAAGCAAAGUUCAAGUUGCACCUUCUGGUAGAGGAUGACUCGGCCAAAACAAAGGUUAUGCUUCUUGAUUCCGUUGCUUAUGGCAUCGUGGAUAAAACAGCUUCCUUCCUGCUAAACGGAUCAUACGAUGAGAUUCAGGAUCCAGAAUUAAUACCCGAUGACGUCAAGAGUUUAGUUGGAAAAAGUUUCGAGUUUCUGGUCGGUGUCGAGAAGGAACACAUUGUGUAUGGAAAUGACACCUACAAGGUGCAUAAGGUAAAGAAAGGACUUCUCAUUCUCGACACGGAAUCUGGCGAUGGACCAUUCAUUGCCAUUGAUAAUGGUUCGACCAUUGCAUCUGGCGAGGAGUUGUCGGUUGUCAAGAGUAACAGCCAAAGCAUUUCAGAUGAUGGUUCAACCCCAUCACCGAAGCGUGAUUUUGAAUCAAUGCAUGGUGUCCCAGCCGGCUCUUCCACUUCGAAGAAGCAUUGCCCCAAGCAACUUCCUACAGAGGCCAGUAGAGAGCUGGUCAAUCCGGAUGGACUAAUUAGCCAGCAUCCCGAAGCAAAUAAGAGCGAAGCUAAGCUCCACCAACUCACCGAGAAUUGA